GGUGCUGCUGCCGAGGAGCUGGCUCUGAGACAGCCACCGGGAGGGACGCGCCAGCCCCAGCCCUCCUCUCCUCUCCUUUCCUCGCCUCUCCUCUCCCCGAGCUGCUGCCACACUUGGUUCAUUCCAGCUGCAGAAGCUCAGAGCCUUCCAUGCGCCGAGCCGAGGACUAUCCCAAUCGCCAAGGGGAAGGAAAAGGGGGGAAAACCCAGCAGCGAGAACCACCAACCCCCCAGCAGCACGCCCCACUCCUGCUGCCCUUUGACAUGCAACCUUCCUGGGGAUGGGAGCAGCCGGGAUGCAGCUGCAGCUUCGGGAGGCACUGGGGGAAACUGGGAAUCGUGGCUCUGAUGCCGGUGGAGGUGAGCGCCUGGAGCCGGGUGCUGCUGCUCUCCGUGGGGCUCCUGGCUGGAUCCGUGACGGCCCAGAACUGCAGCCACACCUUGCAGGGCCCCAACGGGACGAUCCAGAGCCCGGGCUUUCCCUACGGGUACCCCAAUUAUGCAAACUGCACGUGGACCAUCAGUGCCCAGGAGCAGCACAGGAUACAGCUGGUUUUCCACUCCUUUGCACUGGAGGAAGACUUUGAUGUGCUCUCCAUCUUCGAUGGGCUGCCCCAGCAGGGCACUCUGAGAACCAGGUUGACAGGGUUCCAGCUGCCUGCCCCCGUGGUCAGCUCGGGGGCUCUGCUGUCCCUGUGGCUCGUCAGCGACUACGCCGUGAGUGCCCAGGGCUUCCAGGCCACCUACGAGGCUCUGCCCAGCCACACGUGUGGGAACCCGGGACGGCUCCAGAACGGGAUCCAGCAGGGAACGACCUUCAGCCUCGGGGACAGAGUGAGGUACAGCUGCAAUCCGGGCUUUUUCUUGGAAGGCCAUGCCCUGCUGACGUGCCAGGCCAGCUCCGAGAACUCUGCCUCCUGGGACUUCCCUCUCCCCGUCUGCAGAGCUGAUGAUGCCUGUGGGGGGACCCUGCGGGGCCAGAGCGGGAUCAUCUCCAGCCCCCACUUCCCUCUGGAAUACGGCAACAACGCCGACUGCACCUGGACCAUCCUGGCCGAGCCCGGCGACACCAUCGCUCUGGUGUUCAUGGAUUUCCAGCUGGAAGAUGGAUAUGAUGUUCUGGAAGUGGCUGGCACAGAGGGAUCCUCGCUCUGGUUCACUGGGAUGAAUUUACCUGCCCCUGUGAUCAGCAGCAAGAACUGGCUGAGGCUCCACUUCACCUCUGAUGGCAACCACAGGCAGAAGGGCUUCAGUGCCCAGUACCAAGUCAAAAAGCAAAUGGAGCUCAAGUCCAGGGGGGUGAAGCUCAUGCCCAGCAAGGACAACAACCAGAAGACAUCAGUGUUAACUCAGGUUGGUGUGUCCCAGGGACAUAAUAUGUGUCCAGACCCUGGGAUUCCAGAGAGAGGCAAAAGAAUAGGCAACGAUUUUAGGUUGGGCUCCAGCAUCCAGUUCUCCUGCAACGAGGGCUACGACCUGCAGGGCUCCAGGAGCAUCACCUGCAAGAGGGUGAGCGACCUCAUCGUGGCCUGGAGCGACCACAGGCCCGUCUGCAGAGCCAGGAUGUGUGACACCUACCUGAGGGGGCCCAGCGGGGUCAUCACGUCCCCCAACUACCCGGUGCAGUACGACAACAACGCCUACUGCGUGUGGGUCAUCACCGCCCUCAACCCCGCCAAGGUCAUCAAACUCACCUUCGAGGAAUUCGAGCUGGAGAGAGGAUAUGACACCCUGACAGUGGGGGAUGGAGGCCAAGUGGGAGACCAGAAAACUGUGCUUUAUGUCCUGACGGGCAGCACCGUCCCCGACCUCAUCGUCAGCACCCACCACCAGAUGUGGCUCCUCUUCCAGACAGACAGUGUCAGCAACCUGCUGGGCUUCAAAGCAACCUAUGAAGAGAUCGACCAGGGCAGCUGUGGCGAUCCCGGCAUCCCGGCCUACGGACGCAGAGAGGGCUCCACCUUCCGCCACGGGGACAGCCUGACCUUCGAGUGCCAGCCUGCCUUCGAGCUGAAGGGCCAGAGAACCAUUACCUGCCAAAAGAGCAGCCAGUGGUCUGCUCAGAAACCUGUGUGUGUGUUUUCCUGCUUUUUCAACUUCACCAGCCCGGCGGGGAUCGUGCUGUCCCCCAACUACCCCGAGGAGUACGGCAGCAGCCUGCACUGCGUGUGGCUCAUCAUCGCCAAGCCCGAGAGCAGGAUCCACCUGGCCUUCAAUGACUUUGAUGUGGAGCCCCAGUUCGAUUUCCUGGCCGUGAAGGACGGCGGCACCGCCGAGUCCCCGGUGCUGGGCACCUUCUCAGGGAACCAGAUCCCCUCCUCCCUGACCAGCAGCGGCCACGUGGCCAGGCUGGAGUUCCAGACCGACCACUCCAUGGAGAAGAGAGGCUUCAACAUCACCUUCACCACGUUCCGGCACAACGAGUGUCCCGACCCCGGCGUGCCGGUCAACGGGAAGCGUUUUGGGGACAGCCUCCAGCUGGGCAGCUCCGUGUCCUUCCUGUGUGACGAGGGUUUCAUCCGCACCCACGGCUCCGAGACCGUCACCUGCGUCCUGCAGGAGGGCAGCGUGGUGUGGAACCACCCCGUGCUCAGGUGUGAAGCACCCUGUGGUGGCCACCUGACGUCGCCCAGUGGCACCAUCCUGUCCCCUGGCUGGCCUGGCUUCUACAAGGACUCACUGAGCUGUGCCUGGGUCAUCGAGGCCCAGCCUGGCUACCCCAUCAAGAUCACCUUUGACAGGUUCAAGACAGAAGUGAACUACGACACGCUGGAAGUGCGGGACGGCCGCUCCUACUCCUCCCCCCUGAUCGGGGUCUACGACGGGACCCAGGUGCCCCAGUUCCUCAUCAGCACCAGCAACUACCUCUACCUCCUGUUCACCACUGACAAAAGCCACUCUGACAUUGGCUUUCAGAUCCGAUACGAAACUGUGAAGCUCCAGUCCGACCACUGCCUGGAUCCCGGGAUCCCGGUGAACGGGCAGCGCCACGGCAACGAUUUCUACGUGGGAGCCCUGGUGACCUUCAGCUGUGACUCAGGAUACACCCUGAGUGACAGCGAGGCCCUGGAGUGUGAGCCAAACUUCCAGUGGAGCCGCCCCCUGCCCAGCUGUGAGGCUCUCUGUGGAGGUUACAUCCGUGGCUCCAGUGGUACCAUCCUGUCCCCAGGCUUCCCCGAUUUUUAUCCCAACAACUUGAACUGCACGUGGACAAUAGAAACAUCCCAUGGAAAAGGUGUGUUCUUCACCUUCCACACCUUUCACCUGGAGAAUGGGCACGACUACCUCCUCAUCACCGAGAACAGCAGCUUUGCCCAGCCCCUGCAGCAGCUGACGGGGUCCCGCCUGCCGGCCCCGCUCAGCGCGGGGCUCUUCGGCAACUUCUCGGCCCAGAUCCGCUUCAUCUCCGACUUCUCCAUGUCCUACGAGGGCUUCAACAUCACCUUCUCAGAGUACGACUUGGAGCCCUGUGACGAGCCAGAGGUGCCAGCCUACAGCAUCAGGAAGGGGCUGCAGUUCGGGGUGGGGGACGUGCUCACCUUCUCCUGCUUCCCGGGGUACCGGCUGGAAGGAGCCUCCCGGCUCACCUGCCUCGGGGGGAGGCGGCGGGUGUGGAGUUCGCCUCUGCCAAGGUGUGUUGCUGAAUGUGGCUCCUCUGUCACUGGAACCCAGGGUGUGCUGCUGUCCCCCAACUACCCACUCAACUACAACAACAACCACGAGUGCAUCUACUCCAUCCAGACCCAGGCAGGGAAGGGGAUCCAGCUGAAAGCCAGGACCUUUGAGCUGGAGGCAGGAGAUGUCCUCAAGGUCUAUGAUGGCACCAACAGCUCUGCCAGGCUGCUGGGCACCUUCAGCCGCUCGGACAUGCUGGGCACCAGCAUCAACAGCACCUCCAGCUCCAUGUGGCUGGAGUUCAUCACCAACUCUGCCAACACCAGCAAAGGCUUUGAGCUGCAGUUUUCCAGUUUCGAGCUCAUCAAGUGCGAGGACCCCGGGGUGCCCCAGUUCGGGUACAAGGUGCACGACGAGGGACACUUUGCUGGCAGCUCCGUGUCCUUCAGCUGUGACCCCGGGUACACCCUGAGGGGCAGCAGGGUCCUGGGCUGCCUGACUGGCGAGAGGAGAGCGUGGGACCAGCCCCUGCCAACCUGUGUAGCUGAGUGUGGAGGGACCAUCAGAGGAGAGGCCUCGGGGCGGAUCCUGUCCCCGGGUUACCCGACCCCCUACGACCACAACCUCAACUGCAUCUGGACCAUCGAGGCAGAGCCUGGCUGCACCAUAGGGCUCCACUUCAUGGUUUUCCACACCGAGGAGUUCCACGACGUGCUGCGGAUCUGGGACGGGCCGGUGGAGAAGGGGAUCCUGCUGAGGGAGCUCAGCGGGUCGGGGCUCCCCGGGGACGUGCACAGCACCUUCAGCUCCCUCAUCCUGCAGUUCAACACUGACUUCUUCACCAGCAAGCAGGGCUUUGCCAUCCAGUUCUCAGUUUCCACUGCCACGUCCUGCAACGACCCGGGAAUUCCCCAGAACGGGAGCCGGAGCGGGGACAGCAAGGAGGCAGGAGAUUCCAUCACCUUCCAGUGCAACCCGGGCUAUGCCCUGCAAGGGGAGGCCCAAAUCACCUGUGUGCAGGUGGAGAACAGGUUUUUCUGGCAGCCAGACCCUCCCUCCUGCACAGCUCCCUGUGGAGGGAUCCUGACGGGCCCCUCGGGGGUGAUCCUGUCCCCCCAGUACCCCGAGCCCUACCCCCCUGGCAAGGAGUGUGACUGGAAGCUCACGGUGUCUCCAGACUAUGUCAUUGCCCUGGUGUUCAACAUCUUCAGCCUGGAGCCUGGCUAUGAUUUCCUUCACAUCUAUGAUGGCCCUGACUCCCUGAGCCCCCUGAUUGGGAGCUUUUAUGGCUCCCAGCUCCCCGAGAGGAUCGAGAGCAGCAGCAACAGCCUGUUCCUGGCGUUCCGCAGCGACGCCUCCGUCAGCAACACCGGCUUUGUCAUCGAGUACACAGAAAACCCCCGGGAGUCGUGCUUUGACCCGGGCUCCAUCAGGAACGGCACCCGCGUGGGCUCGGACCUCAAGCUGGGAUCCACCAUCACCUACUACUGUGACGGGGGCUACGACAUCCAGGGGGUCUCCACCCUCACCUGCAUCAUGGGAGGGGAUGGAAAACCCACCUGGAACAAGCCCCGCCCCACCUGCACAGCUCCCUGUGGGGGUCAGUACACGGGCUCCGACGGCGUCGUCCUGUCUCCGAAUUACCCCCAAAACUACACCACUGGCCAGGCCUGCUUGUACUUCAUCGUGGUGCCCAAGGACUAUGUGGUCUUCGGGCAGUUCGCCUUCUUCCAAACCGCGCUCAACGACGUCGUGGAGGUCCAUGAUGGCCCCAACCAGCACUCCAGGCUCCUCAGCUCCCUCUCAGGCUCUCACACAGGUGAAUCCUUGCCCUUAGCUACCACCAACCAGAUCCUCAUCAAAUUUAGCUCCAAGGGUCAAUCCACAGCCAAAGGUUUUCAUUUUGUCUACCAAGCCGUGCCCAGGACCAGUGCCACGCAGUGCAGCUCCGUGCCGGAGCCGCGCCACGGCCGCCGCCUGGGCAGCGACUUCGCCGUGGGCGCCGUGGUGAGGUUCGAGUGCAGCCCCGGCUACGCCCUGCACGGCUCCCCCACCAUCGAGUGCCUCACCAUGCCCGGGGCCCUGGCACAGUGGAACGUGUCUGUGCCCACCUGUGUGGUGCCGUGCGGUGGGAAUCUGACGGAGCGCAAGGGAACCAUCCUGUCCCCAGGGUUCCCCGAGCCCUACCUGAACAGCCUCAACUGUGUGUGGAAGAUCACAGUCCCUGAAGGAGCAGGGAUCCAGAUCCAGGUGAUCAGUUUUGUCACUGAGCAGAACUGGGAUUCCCUGGAAGUGUUUGAUGGAGGGGAUAACACAGCCACCAUGCUGGGGAGUUUCUCUGGGACUACAGUGCCUGCUCUGCUCAACAGCACUUCAAACCAGCUCUAUCUGCAUUUCUACUCGGAUAUCAGUGUCUCUGCUGCCGGCUUCCACCUGGAAUACAAAACCGUGGGUCUGUCCAGCUGCCCAGAGCCCCCCGUUCCUGGGAACGGCCUGAAGAUCGGGGAGCGCUACUUGGUGAACGACGUCGUGUCCUUCCAGUGCGAGCCGGGCUACGCCCUGCAGGGUCACUCCCACAUUUCCUGCAUGCCGGGCACCGUCCGCCGCUGGAAUUACCCUCCGCCGCUCUGCAUCGCCCAGUGUGGAGGAACAGCAGAAGAGAUGGAAGGAGUGCUCCUGAGCCCAGGCUUCCCAGGAAAUUAUCCCAGCAACCUGGACUGCACGUGGAGGAUAUUGCUGCCAGUGGGGUUUGGUGCUCACAUCCAGUUCCUGAACUUCUCCACCGAGCCCAACCACGACUUUGUGGAGAUCAGGAACGGGCCCUACGACACCAGCACCGUCAUCGGGCGCUUCAGCGGCGCCGAACUGCCCGGCUCCCUCCUGUCCACCUCCCACGAAACCACCGUGUACCUCCACAGCGACCACUCCGAGAACAAGCCAGGCUUCAAGCUGGAAUAUCAAGCCUACGAGCUGCAGGAGUGCCCCGACCCGGAGCCUUUUGCCAACGGGGUGGUGAGAGGGGCCGGGUACAACGUUGGCCAGUCCAUCUCCUUCGAGUGCCUCCCUGGCUUCCAGCUGAUCGGCCACCCCGUGCUGACCUGCCAGCACGGCACCAACAGGAACUGGGACCACCCCCUGCCCCGCUGUGAAGUGCCUUGUGGGGGGAAUGUCACCACCCAGAAUGGGACAGUUUACUCCCCUGGCUUCCCCAACCAGUACCCCAAUUCCCAGGACUGCACUUGGCUCCUCACGGUGCCCGUGGGAUAUGGGAUCCACCUCAACUUCACCCUGCUGCAGACAGAGCCCUACAACGACUUCAUCACUGUGUGGGAUGGAGCCCAGCAAACAGCCCCCCAGCUGGGUGUGUUCACUGGCAACUCUGCCAAGAAAUCAGCCCAGAGCUCCUCCAACCAGGUCCUGCUGAAGUUCCACAGCGACGCAGCCAACGGGGGCAUUUUUGCCAUUUAUUUCUAUGCCUACCAGCUGUUCCGGUGCCAGCCUCCCACCAUGGUCCCCAACGCCGAGAUCAUCACUGAGAACCAGGAGUUCAACAUAGGUGACACAGUGAGGUACCGGUGCCUGCCCGGCUUCACCCUGAUUGGAAACGAAAUCCUGACCUGCAAACUCGGCACUCACCUGCAGUUUGAGGGGCCUCCCCCCACGUGUGAAGUUCACUGCCCCAUGAACCAGGUGAUGACAGACUCCACUGGUGUGAUCCUCAGCCAGAGCUUCCUGGGGAGUUACCCCCACUUCCAGACCUGUUCCUGGGCGGUGAAGGUCGAGCCUGGGUACAACAUCUCCCUCACCAUCGAGUACUUCCUCAGUGAGAAGCAGUACGACGAGUUUGAGAUCUUUGAUGGUCCCUCUGGCCAGAGUCCCCUGCUCCUGUCUCUGAGUGGGAACUACUCAGCCCCUCUGACCGUGACCAGCAGCGGGAACAACGUCUUCCUCCGCUGGUCCUCGGAUCAUGCCUACAACAGGAAAGGCUUCAAAAUCCGCUACUCUGCUCCUUACUGCAGCCUCCCCCAGCCCCCAGCCCACGGGAUGAUCCUGAGCCACACCGGGCUGAGCCCCGGCAGCUCCGUCCGCUUCGGCUGCGACUCCGGGUACCGCCUGGCCGGGCACAGCACCAGCACCUGCACCCAGCACCCCCAGGGCUACUUCCACUGGAGGGAGGCCACCCCUCUGUGCCAAGCUCUGUCCUGUGGAGUUCCCAGAGCCCCCAGGAACGGGGUUGUCUUUGGCAAGGAGUACACAGUGGGCACAAAGGCCGUGUACCACUGCAACCAGGGCUUCCAGCUGCAGCCAGGAUCAGAGCCCAGCACCGAGUGCCUGCAGUCGGGGCAGUGGAGCAACGGGAACCAGCCCCCCCAGUGCGUGGCCGUCGCCUGUCCCGACAUCGGCAGCAUCGCGGUGGAGCACGGCCGGUGGCGGCUCACCUACGAGAUCCAGUACCACUACAACGCCCAGCUCAUGCUCAUCUGCGACCCUGGCUACUACUACACGGGCCAGAGGGUCAUCAGGUGCCAGGCCAACGGCAAGUGGAGCAUAGGGGAGCCCAUGCCCACCUGUAAAAUUAUCUCCUGCGGGGACCUGCCGACGCCUCCCAACGGGAACAAGAUCGGGACCCUGACCAGCUACGGGGCCACAGCCAUCUUCUCCUGCAACACUGGCUACACCCUGGUGGGCUCCCGGGUCAGGGAGUGCAUGGCCAACGGGCUCUGGAGCGGGGCAGAGGUCAGAUGUCUGGCCGGGCACUGCGGCGUCCCCAGCCCCAUUGUGAACGGGCAGAUCAACGGGGAGAACUACAACUACCGGGGCAGUGUGGUGUACCAGUGCAGCCCCGGGUUCCGCCUCAUCGGCAUGUCCGUGCGCAUCUGCCAGCAGGACCACCGCUGGUCCGGCAAGACCCCUGUCUGUGUGCCCAUCACCUGUGGGCACCCUGGCAACCCUGCCAACGGCCUGACCCAGGGCACUCAGUUCAACCUCAACGACGUGGCCAAGUUCGUGUGCAACCCCGGCUUCCGCCUGGAGGGAGCUUCCCAAUCCCAGUGCCUGGCCAACGGCCAGUGGAGCAGCACCCUGCCCUCCUGCCGUGUUGUAAACUGUACUGACCCCGGGCACCUGGAAAACAGCGUCCGGCAAGUGCAGCCCAGCGGGCCCCACAGAUUCAGCUUUGGAACAACUGUGUCCUAUCAGUGCAGCCAUGGAUAUUACCUGUUGGGGACACACGUCCUCACCUGUCAGGGGGAUGGCACUUGGGACCGUGCCCUCCCACAGUGUCUUUUGGUGUCCUGUGGCCACCCCGGGGCCCCUCCCCAUGCCCAGAUCUCGGGGGACAGGCACACCGUGGGCUCCGUGGUCCGGUACAGCUGCCUGGGGAAGCGGACGCUGGUCGGGAAUUCCACGCGGAUGUGCCAGCUGGACGGGCGCUGGAGCGGGGCCCUGCCCCACUGCUCAGGGGGCAGCCAGGGCGUGUGUGGUGACCCGGGGAUCCCCUCCCAUGGCAUCGGGCUGGGGGCCACCUUCGACGUGGGCAGCGUGGUGCGGUUCAGCUGCGAGCCCGGCUACACCCUGCACGGCUCCUCCGACAGGACCUGCCAGGCCAACGGCUCCUGGAGCGGCACCCAGCCCGAGUGUGAAGUGAUAUCCUGUGGGAACCCAGGAACCCCCAGCAAUGCCAGGGUCAUCUUCAACGACGGCCUGGUCUUCUCCAGUUCCAUCAUUUACCAGUGCAGGGAGGGCUAUUACUCCACAGGGGUGCUGAGCAGGCACUGCACCGUGAACGGGACGUGGACUGGGACCAGUCCAGAGUGCACAGUGAUCAACUGCGGCGACCCCGGCGUGCCGGCCAACGGCGUCCGCCUGGGCUCCGACUUCACCUACAACCAGUCCGUGGUGUUCCAGUGCACCCCCGGCUACAUGAUGGAGUCAGACAGGGCCUCCUCCCUCACCUGCACCAAGGACCGCACCUGGAACGGCACCAAACCCGCCUGCAAGGCCAUCACCUGCAGAGCCCCCCAGGCCAUUCCCAACGGGAAGGUGGUGGGCACGGAUUUCAGCUGGGGGGCCAGUGUGAGCUAUGCCUGCCUGGAGGGGUACCAGCUGUCCCUGCCCGCCGUGCUGACCUGCGAGGGCAACGGCACCUGGAGCGGGGACGUCCCCCAGUGCUUCCCUGUGUUCUGUGGUGACCCAGGGACGCCAGCCCAGGGCAGGAGGGAGGACAGAGGCUUCACCUACCGCUCCUCCGUGUCCUUCUCCUGCCUGGCCCCGCUCGUGCUGGUGGGCUCAGCCCGGAGGUUCUGCCAGUCUGACGGGACGUGGAGUGGGACCCAGCCCAGCUGCAUAGACCCCAGCCUCACCACGUGUGCGGACCCUGGCGUGCCUCUCUUUGGGAUGCAGAACAAUUCCCAGGGAUACCAGGUGGGAAGCAUCAUCUUUUUCAAGUGCCAGAAGGGGUACCUGCUGCAGGGCUCCACCACCAGGACCUGCCUCCCCAACCUGACGUGGAGCGGCGUCCAGCCCGACUGUGUCCCUCACCACUGUAAGCAGCCGGAGACACCUUCCCAUGCCAACGUGGGAGCUCUGGAUUUGCCAUCCCUGGGCUACACCUUGAUCUACUCCUGCCAGAGCGGGUUCUACCUCACCGGAGGCUCCGAGCACAGGACCUGCAAAGCCGACGGCAGCUGGACAGGAAAACCCCCCAUCUGCCUGGCCGACGUCCGUCCCAGCGGGAGGCCCGUGGGCACCGCGCGGGACCCGCCGCUCGCCAAGCUCUCAGUGCCUGCGGACGUGUUCGCGAGGAACUCCCUGUGGAAAGGCUCCUACGAGUACCUGGGCAAGAAGCAGCCUGCCAUGCUGUCUGUCACCAGCUUCGACCCUGCCACCAGUAAAGUCAAUGCCACCCUGAUAGACCACAGUGGUGUGGAGCUCCAGGUGUCUGGCAUUUACAAGAAGGAAGACGUGCACCUGCUCCUCCAGGUCUACCAGAUCAUGGGGCCGGUGGAGAUCUUCGUCAACAAGUUCAAGAACGAUAAAUGGGCUCUGGACGGACACGUCUCGUCGGAGUCUUCGAGCGGCACCUUCGUGUACCAGGGCUUCGUGAGGGGCAAAGGCUUCGGGCAGUUUGGCCUCCAGAGACUCGACCUCAGCAUGAUGGAAACGGAUCCUGAAUCCAUAGGACACCACUUUGCAUCCAACAGCAGCUCCGUGGCAGCCGCCAUCCUCGUGCCUUUCAUCGCCCUGAUUAUUGCAGGGUUUGUGCUUUAUCUCUACAAACACAGGAGAAGACCAAAAGUCCCGUUCAAUGGCUAUGCUGGCCACGAGAACACCAACGUGAGGGCCACCUUCGAGAACCCCAUGUACGACCGGAACCUGCAGCCCACGGACAUCAUGGCCAGCGAGGCCGAGUUCACAGUGAGCACGGUGUGCACGGCAGUAUAGCACCCACCCCCUGAUCGCUCCGGGGUCGGCGUCUGGUGGAUGAUUGUGUUUCACCUCACUAGUCUCCAUCCAUCCCCUGCCCAUCUCCCUCCUCCCAACCUUUUGCUGAGGCUGUGGAGAAGCUGCUGCACCUCGUUGGACUUUGUGUGACCUCCUGAGGGACCGCUGGGUUUGUCCUCUGCCGUCCUUCCCCGCCCUCCAUCCUGGAUCACGAAGCCAACCAAAGGUCUGCUCCUGCUCAGCUCCUCCCUCCCCACCCUGCCAGGGGGGCUCAGCCCGACUUCCCUGGGCAAGGGGAGCACCUGGGAAGGCUUUUCCAACCUGCUCCUGGUGGUGUGUUCCCAGAGGGAGCCGUGGGAUGUGUGGGGGCCCCACCAGCUGCCCCCCCAACUCUGGGAAGAGCUUGGGCAACAGAGGGGUUGUGCACAAGGUGCUGACUGGAUUUAUGGACAACACCAGUAUAGGAAAGGAUGAGCUCUUGUUCUGUCUGUGUUUGGGCUUGUGGGAUAUUUGUUUGUUGUUUUUUCUACCCCCCCAGGGCUCUGGCAGAGGAAGGGUUUUCAAAUGGGACCCUCCCGAUGGGAAAAGCGAAACUUUGGAAGCUUUUUCCCCUCUUCCCCGUUUCUUUUUCCUUUGGGCAUUCUUGCUGGGGUUUUUUCUGCCCUGUGUUCGUUCCUGCAGCUCUCAGGGCUGGGGAGGAAACACUCCCCCUCUCCCUGGCUGCUGAUCUGAGCUGUGUCCAAAACCCCCUGACCAGGAAACCGCUGACAGACACCGAGGGACAAAAACCUCUUUAAAAAGAACUCAACAAAUCCUGAUUUCCCCCCCAAAAAGCCUUUGCCCUUUUCAUAUUGAUCCUCCAAAAUGGCAACUCCAAAUAAGAGUUUUAAUUUCUCUCCAGAGCUGCUCCCUUUAUUUCCCAGGGGCACAGAGGUUGCCUUGGCUUUCAGGGCAGCAGAUAAGGCAGCUUGACAUUUCUCCUGCCUUAGAAGACAACGAGGCUUUGGUGAGUUUUGGCCUCCUCUGAUGAGGAGCAGAGCUGCUCUUGUUGAUCCAGGCUUUGAGGCUGUUUGCUCUGAGGGCCCCUUUUUGGAGGCAGCAGUGGCAUUUCCCAGGUGAGAAGUGAAAUCCUGUGUCACCGAGGCAGCUUCCUCCUGCAGGAGACUCCAAGGGAAAUCAGCAUUAAACCUCGAGGGUGGUGUUUACAUCCAUGCUCUCCCAUCCAAGCACUAGUUUUUUUUCCCCUCCCUGAUGUCAGCUGAGGUUCUGCCUAAUGAAAACCACAGGGUAGGUUUGUUUUUUAUUUUUCCCUGGUUUGUUUAUUCUUUUACUCUGUGUGUGUGUGCGUGUGUGUGUGUAUAUGUAUAUAAAUAUAUAUUAUUUUUUUUACUUCUGUCUCUUAUUCAGUGCUCUUAGAGUAAAGCAGCAUUCUCCAGCCUCGUGGCUGGACAGCCAGCCUGCCAAAAAAAAUGCCACCUCCGCUGCCCAAAGCAGGAAAAGGUGCUGAGGGGUGGGAGAAGGAGCCAGAGCCCUGAUCCUACAUGGGCAGGGGUCAGGGAGGUGCUGCCCACGUGGGGCUGGGCACACAGGGAGCCCAGGGCAUUGCUGAGCCACGUCCUGCAGCAGGGAGUGCUCCCAGAAACCCAGGGAGAGGCUUCCAGGCCUGAAUUCCAUGGGCAGCCAGGCUGGGCUGUCCCUCUGGGGGCUCCCCCAGCUCGCAGGACAAGGAUCCCAGGAGGGUCAGGGCCAGAGGGGACCCAGCUGGGCUGGGGGGACACUCAGCUGUGGGGCCAAGGUUUGUCCCCCUCAGUUUAUCAGCUGGGCAACCCCAGGGAGGGCAGAGCUGGGAGAUUCCCGUGGAUCCUGCAGGGAAGCAGCUGCUUCCUGCCUCCAGCUGGGCUCUCCUGGCCCACCCUUGACCCCCAGGUCCCUUCCAACCGAAAUUAUCCUGGGAUUCCUGCCCCUGGCCAAACCCACCCCCUGCUCUGUCCCUGCUGCUCCAGCACCCGCCCUGUCCCAGCUCCUCUCCCAGCGCCCCAAAUCCCAACCCCUCCGUGGCAGCAGAGCCUGGAGCCCUCCAGGUUCCUGUCCCUGAGCUCCACAAAAGCCUCUCCAGGCUGGGAAGGUGCCAAACCCCCCGAGGGUGCUCUGUGUGGAGAGCAGGGAUGGCCACACAUAACGCACACGUUGCUCUCCAGACCUUCCCGACUCCCUCUCAUCCCGUGGAAUAACCAGGAGAAACUCAAGGUGUGUAAAAAUAACCCCAAAUUAUUUAAACACCCAUGCAGGGGGAGAGGGGAAGCUCUGCCUAAACAAGACUUGCUGCUUUUGACCCAUUUAAGUCCCUUUUUCUGCUGUUGCCCAAGUAGCAAAGGAAGUGGAAGGGGGUUUAUCCCGAUUUUUUUGCAAGCUGGCUGGGACCUGAUGCGUGACAUUUCUCCAUCCUUGUGCCCAGAGGACUUGCAUUAUGUUAAAAAAAAAAAAAAAAAAAGGAAAUGAAAAAGGUAAAAAAAUAAACAAAAAAGAAAAAAGAAAAAAAAGGUAAAAAAAAAACACAAAAGGAAGAAAAACUAACCAAAAAAAAAAGAAAAAAAAAUCCCUCUUUUGUACAGAGAUAUAUUUUUAUGAAUCAGAAGUUUGUACAGUUAAAAAAACCCAAUGUAAAUGUUUUUUUUCAUUAUUGUAGUAAACAGUAGUGGAAGAUCAGCUUUUUUUUGUAAAUGUAAUAAAAUGUAUAAAUCUGGUUUACAUAAAAGUGUACAUAUGUAAUCUAUACAUACACCUGGCUUGUCUGCAGUAUAUACAAUUUAAUUUAUCUGUCUCUGUAUAUGAGGCUUUUCCUUGUGUUCAGGCAUCCUUUGCUGAAUUUGAAAGCUAUUUUAAAUUUUUGACUUCAAAAUAAAAUAUAAAUUUUUGCAUUGCUUUUCUUACA